AUGCACAACAUCAAAGAUGCAAAGGUUUCAUUCCAACAUGAGACAAAAAUCGAUGACUCUGGAUUCAAUAUAGCGGAAUAUCGGGCCAUGGAUCGACUUUUUGAUGUUCCUGAGUGGGACGGCGAGAGUGAUGAUUGUCUUUUUCCGGAUGCUCUACAAACCAUAGGAUCUAUCCCGAUUUCACGGAAUGGGCAGUUUCUUGCUUGGCCAAAUACAUUGCGGUCUAAGGCUGAACCUUUUAGUCUCGCAGACACAUCCCAGCCGGGAUACCUUCGAUUUGCAACUUUGUGGUUGGUAGACCCACAUUAUCGAAUCUGCUCAACUCAAAAUGUGCCCCCCCAGGACCCAAGCUGGGCCGACACAUCACAAUCAAUGGAGAACACACGGAAGGAUGAUUCAAUGACAAUUGCGCAAGCGGUUGAGUUUCGAACCCAAAUGAGGCAGGAGAGAGACAAUAUAACCAAGGCUUUUCUUGCACGAGGAGCUUGGUGUCACCAGUAUGCGCAAGAUUUCCUUGUUUGA